AUGAGGCUGGGUCAAAGAAAUGAUAGUCACCAUACUUUAAACGAAAUUUUAGAAGAAAAUGACAAAAUUCCUUCCAGGGAUUUGGCGAUAGGGAUAAUGUUUUUGUCACAGACUGUGAUUGGAAUUCUGGGAAAUUUUUCUCUUCUUUAUCGUUAUUUUUUCCUUCACCAAAUGGAAAGCAAAAUGAGGCCCAUAUAUUUGAUUCUCAGGCAUUUGUUUAUAGCUAAUUCUUUGACUAUUCUUUCAAAAGGACUUCCCCAAACAAUGGUAGCCUUUGGGUUGAAGCACUUGUUUAAUGAUUUUUGUUGCAAACUUAACUUGUAUGUGCUCAGAGUUGGCAGAGCUAUGUCAGUUUCUACCAUGUGCCUCUUGAGUUUCUUCCAGUAUAUCACUCUUAGCCCCAUGAACUCCUGUUGGAAGAAUCUUAAAAUCAAAGCUGCCAAGUACAUUGACUUUUCCAUGUCUCUCUGCUGGUUGCUACAUAUAGGGAUAAACUCUAUUUUUCCUCUGUAUGUGCUGCAUAUAUCUAAAAAUCCAGAAAGCAGAAACAACACAAGUAUAAGAUAUAUGGAAAUCUGUUCCAUUUUAGAUUAUGGGACAAACAUGGGCCCAGUCUAUAUUGCAUUAGUAGUGUCCCCAGAGGUUUCUUUUAUUGUGAUCACAAUAUGGGCCUGUGGCUCAAUGAUUCUUCUCCUGUACAGACAUAAAAUGCAGGUUAAGCACAUUCAUAGCUCUAAUGUUUCCUCCAGAUCACCUGAGUCGAGAGCCACCAAAAGCAUCCUUUUCCUGGUGAGCACCUUUGUAUUAUUUUACAUCAUCUCCUCCAUCUUUUACAUUUUUGUUGCUCUAUUUUAUAAUUUAAGUUGGUGGUUGAAGAACAUUUCUGGCAUAAUUUCUGUGUGUUUCCCAGUGAUCAGCCCCUUUCUUAUCAUGAAACAGAAUUCCUCUAUAUCUAUGUUCUGGUUUGUCUGGAUAAGAAACACAAAAUUUCCCUUUCUCAUGAAAAAUACAUAA